AUGCCAAAUUCCAGGGAUCCUCUCAGGGUUUCUGGUGCCCAGUUUGAAGGUGGACUGGACUGGGCGACAUUUGUCCACAGGCCCAACCGCGACACCAACCCCAGGCCCAGUCCCCGGACCAACUCCAUGCCCAACCCUAACCCCAGGCCCAUCCCCAACCCUAACCCCAACACCAACCACAGCCCCAGGCCCAACCCCAGGCCCAACGCCAACCCCAGGCCCAACUCCAGCCCCAGGCCCAACACCAACCCCAGGCCCAACACCAACCCCAACCCAACACCAACACCAACUCCAGCCCCAACACCAAACUCAACACCAGCCCCAACCCCAGGCCCAACCCCAGACCCAACCCCAGCCCCAACACCAACCCCUGCCCCAGCCCCAACACCAACCCCAACCCCAGACCCAACCCCAAUCCCAACACCAACCCCAGCCCCAACCCCAGCCCCAACCUCAACCCCAAGGUGCACAGGCGCGGGCACACCGGGGAACGUCCCUACACAUGCAGCGACUGCGGCAAGGGCUUCACCAAAUCCAGCAGCCUGCUGGUGCACCAGCGCACCCACACUGGCGAGCGCCCCAACACCUGUGCCCAGUGCGGUAAGGGCUUCACCCACUCCAGGAACUUGUAACAUGACCAAGGUAACCGACGCAGGGUUCGACUACCUACCAGCUCCAGCAGGUGCCACUACGGGACCCCUCCAGAACCCGAGCUACGGAACCGAGCGGGGACCCAUACCGAACGAUCAGAAUAUGUGGUCCAUGAAGGCGAGGCGGACGUACAGAAGGAACCGGUAUAACAGGGCCUGGAGGACGCGGGGUCUGUGA